AUGUUGAGCGCCUCCUUCCAUUCAGGGGCCCGACAGGGUUCCCUGACUGGAAAGGGUCAUCGAAGCGACGCAGCCGAAAUGAUGAACAUGGCCACCAAUCAAGUAGCAUUGGAUCAAUUAAAAUUUCAGUGAGUAUUUGACCUCAUACAAGUUGUAUCGAAUGUUUUUAAUGAAUUAAUACAAAUUUAACUACGUCCCAACGUUAGAUAUAAAAGCGUAUUUCAUAGAAUUACGUUUAAUUAGUGCCAAACCACUGUUGGAAAUUGCGAUUAAUGAGGGAGUGGUUAUGUGGAACCUUCCGCCUUUUUCUUCUUCAUCAACCCGUUGUUGCUGCGAUGAACUUUUUGGUGAUACUUUAUACUAAUUGGUUUUCAAAAAAGCCCUCUUGAUUUUAGUGCUAUAUUCUUCCUUGACAGGAAAGACGAGAACAAUCGCCUAACCCUCACAAUAGAAUUUACGAAAGAGAAGCAAGACCAGGGGAACCGGUGUUACAGGUAAAUCCAUCGUUGGCCGCGUCUUAUCCUUGACAACUGUUACAUUGAAAUACAUUUAGCUGAAGGUUCCUCCCUACCAGCUGCCGGGGAACAGCUAAAUAAUGAUGGUUUUAUUCAUUCCUUGUUGUUGUUAUCACCUGCACUGAAAGAAUGUCCCCAGGGGAGACCCUCUAUUGAGGCGGGAACUCAGUUAUAACAGUGAUGGGGAGGCACGACACCCCUUUUCUAUGGAAUAAGAAAAUCUUGAAUCAAAUCGAAAUUCGAAGAUAUGUGUUAUGAAAAUAGAGUUCGAUCCGUGGUAUCGUCCCUCGCAGCUGAAAUUGGGAAAAACUUCACAACUGUAUUCCCAUUUUCCCUCGCCUUUUUCUGUAGACUGAAAGAUGCUAUAAACUAGGGUAACAUAUCCGUAAACCGCGUAUUUGGUAAUUUAAUGGCAUGACAGAAGUACGAACCUAGGGUUACGCUGGAUUUACAAAGAAAACAGAUCGUACAGGUCCACCGACAUCGGGGUUUCCGUCAUAUUUGGCAUCCCGUAAUAACGACUUGAGAAGAUAACCAGUUUAGAUGUAUAGGCCUAUAUUGUGGACUUUAUGACUGCCUUACACUAGUACUAUUUUCAGGCGUCCAUUUCAUUUCUCGCCACUGUCAGAUGGUUCGCCGUAUGACGCCGCAGUUUUGGCUUUCCUGUUCUUGUCGGUGAGAGGAGCAUUUGCCCUCUCACCGAUAGAGGCGUAUAAUAAAGGCGAUUUCUCUUUGAGGGAGGAGGCGAGAUCUUGGCCACUGUUAUGCCACGUAGACAACUCUAGUGGCAAGAUAAACGUGAGUCUUAAAUCACACAUUCUUUCCCAUACAGUUUCCCUUUUUAAGGUUCCGCUUGGUUGCUAUGCAGGACACACAACAGUGGAAAAACUGGGUAGAAAAUUGUUCCGAGUUGUAAGGACAUCACAAACAUGCUUCAACUGCCAAUGACUUACAAGUCAAAGGCAUGAAAAGAAUAUGCAUCCAAACAGGAUGUAAUGAUAAUUCGGUUCAGUUACUGCUCCAUCCAUUCAUUACUGGAAAGGGUCAUCGAAGCGACGCAGCCGAAAUGAUGAACAUGGCCACCAAUCAAGUAGCAUUGGAUCAAUUAAAAUUUCAGUGAGUAUUUGACCUCAUACAAGUUGUAUCGAAUGUUUUUAAUGAAUUAAUACAAAUUUAACUACGUCCCAACGUUAGAUAUAAAAGCGUAUUUCAUAGAAUUACGUUUAAUUAGUGCCAAACCACUGUUGGAAAUUGCGAUUAAUGAGGGAGUGGUUAUGUGGAACCUUCCGCCUUUUUUCUUCUUCAUCAACCCGUUGUUGCUGCGAUGAACUUUUGGUGAUACUUUAUACUAAUUGGUUUUCAAAAAGCCCUCUUGAUUUUAGUGCUAUAUUCUUCCUUGACAGGAAAGACGAGAACAAUCGCCUAACCCUCACAAUAGAAUUUACGAAAGAGAAACAAGACCAGGGGAACCGGUGUUACAGGUAAAUCCAUCGUUGGCCGCGUCUUAUCCUUGACAACUGUUACAUUGAAAUACAUUUAGCUGAAGGUUCCUCCCUACCAGCUGCCGGGGAACAGCUAAAUAAUGAUGGUUUUAUUCAUUCCUUGUUGUUGUUAUCACCUGCACUGAAAGAAUGUCCCCCCAGGGGAGACCCUCUAUUGAGGCGGGAACUCAGUUAUAACAGUGAUGGGGAGGCACGACACCCCCUUUUCUAUGGAAUAAGAAAAUCUUGAAUCAAAUCGAAAUUCGAAGAUAUGUGUUAUGAAAAUAGAGUUCGAUCCGUGGUAUCGUCCCUCGCAGCUGAAAUUGGGAAAAACUUCACAACUGUAUUCCCAUUUUCCCUCGCCUUUUUCUGUAGACUGAAAGAUGCUAUAAACUAGGGUAACAUAUCCGUAAACCGCGUAUUUGGUAAUUUAAUGGCAUGACAGAAGUACGAACCUAGGGUUACGCUGGAUUUACAAAGAAAACAGAUCGUACAGGUCCACCGACAUCGGGGUUUCCGUCAUAUUUGGCAUCCCGUAAUAACGACUUGAGAAGAUAACCAGUUUAGAUGUAUAGGCCUAUAUUGUGGACUUUGUGACUGCCUUACACUAGUACUAUUUUCAGGCGUCCAUUUCAUUUCUCGCCACUGUCAGAUGGUUCGCCGUAUGACGCUGCAGUUUUGGCUUUCCUGUUCUUGUCGGUGAGAGGAGCAUUUGCCCUCUCACCGAUAGAGGCGUAUAAUAAAGGCGAUUUCUCUUUGAGGGAGGAGGCGAGAUCUUGGCCACUGUUAUGCCACGUAGACAACUCUAGUGGCAAGAUAAACGUGAGUCUUAAAUCACACAUUCUUUCCCAUAGAGUUUCCCUUUUUAAGGUUCCGCUUGGUUGCUAUGCAGGACACACAACAGUGGAAAAACUGGGUAGAAAAUUGUUCCGAGUUGUAAGGACAUCACAAACAUGCUUCAACUGCCAAUGACUUACAAGUCAAAGGCAUGAAAAGAAUAUGCAUCCAAACAGGAUGUAAUGAUAAUUCGGUUCAGUUACUGCUCCAUCCAUUCAUUACUGGAAAGGGUCAUCGAAGCGACGCAGCCGAAAUGAUGAACAUGCCACCAAUCAAGUAGCAUUGGAUCAAUUAAAAUUUCAGUGAGUAUUUGACCUCAUACAAGUUGUAUCGAAUGUUUUUAAUGAAUUAAUACAAAUUUAACUACGUCCCAACGUUAGAUAUAAAAGCGUAUUUCAUAGAAUUACGUUUAAUUAGUGCCAAACCACUGUUGGAAAUUGCGAUUAAUGAGGGAGUGGUUAUGUGGAACCUUCCGCCUUUUUCUUCUUCAUCAACCCGUUGUUGCUGCGAUGAACUUUUUGGUGAUACUUUAUACUAAUUGGUUUUCAAAAAAGCCCUCUUGAUUUUAGUGCUAUAUUCUUCCUUGACAGGAAAGACGAGAACAAUCGCCUAACCCUCACAAUAGAAUUUACGAAAGAGAAACAAGACCAGGGGAACCGGUGUUACAGGUAAAUCCAUCGUUGGCCGCGUCUUAUCCUUGACAACUGUUACAUUGAAAUACAUUUAGCUGAAGGUUCCUCCCUACCAGCUGCCGGGGAACAGCUAAAUAAUGAUGGUUUUAUUCAUUCCUUGUUGUUGUUAUCACCUGCACUGAAAGAAUGUCCCCCCAGGGGAGACCCUCUAUUGAGGCGGGAACUCAGUUAUAACAGUGAUGGGGAGGCACGACACCCCUUUUCUAUGGAAUAAGAAAAUCUUGAAUCAAAUCGAAAUUCGAAGAUAUGUGUUAUGAAAAUAGAGUUCGAUCCGUGGUAUCGUCCCUCGCAGCUGAAAUUGGGAAAAACUUCACAACUGUAUUCCCAUUUUCCCUCGCCUUUUUCUGUAGACUGAAAGAUGCUAUAAACUAGGGUAACAUUUCCGUAAACCGCGUAUUUGGUAAUUUAAUGGCAUGACAGAAGUACGAACCUAGGGUUACGCUGGAUUUACAAAGAAAACAGAUCGUACAGGUCCACCGACAUCGGGGUUUCCGUCAUAUUUGGCAUCCCGUAAUAACGACUUGAGAAGAUAACCAGUUUAGAUGUAUAGGCCUAUAUUGUGGACUUUAUGACUGCCUUACACUAGUACUAUUUUCAGGCGUCCAUUUCAUUUCUCGCCACUGUCAGAUGGUUCGCCGUAUGACGCUGCAGUUUUGGCUUUCCUGUUCUUGUCGGUGAGAGGAGCAUUUGCCCUCUCACCGAUAGAGGCGUAUAAUAAAGGCGAUUUCUCUUUGAGGGAGGAGGCGAGAUCUUGGCCACUGUUAUGCCACGUAGACAACUCUAGUGGCAAGAUAAACGUGAGUCUUAAAUCACACAUUCUUUCCCAUAGAGUUUCCCUUUUUAAGGUUCCGCUUGGUUGCUAUGCAGGACACACAACAGUGGAAAAACUGGGUAGAAAAUUGUUCCGAGUUGUAAGGACAUCACAAACAUGCUUCAACUGCCAAUGACUUACAAGUCAAAGGCAUGAAAAGAAUAUGCAUCCAAACAGGAUGUAAUGAUAAUUCGGUUCAGUUACUGCUCCAUCCAUUCAUUACUGGAAAGGGUCAUCGAAGCGACGCAGCCGAAAUGAUGAACAUGGCCACCAAUCAAGUAGCAUUGGAUCAAUUAAAAUUUCAGUGAGUAUUUGACCUCAUACAAGUUGUAUCGAAUGUUUUUAAUGAAUUAAUACAAAUUUAACUACGUCCCAACGUUAGAUAUAAAAGCGUAUUUCAUAGAAUUACGUUUAAUUAGUGCCAAACCACUGUUGGAAAUUGCGAUUAAUGAGGGAGUGGUUAUGUGGAACCUUCCGCCUUUUUCUUCUUCAUCAACCCGUUGUUGCUGCGAUGAACUUUUUGGUGAUACUUUAUACUAAUUGGUUUUCAAAAAAGCCCUCUUGAUUUUAGUGCUAUAUUCUUCCUUGACAGGAAAGACGAGAACAAUCGCCUAACCCUCACAAUAGAAUUUACGAAAGAGAAGCAAGACCAGGGGAACCGGUGUUACAGGUAAAUCCAUCGUUGGCCGCGUCUUAUCCUUGACAACUGUUACAUUGAAAUACAUUUAGCUGAAGGUUCCUCCCUACCAGCUGCCGGGGAACAGCUAAAUAAUGAUGGUUUUAUUCAUUCCUUGUUGUUGUUAUCACCUGCACUGAAAGAAUGUCCCCCCAGGGGAGACCCUCUAUUGAGGCGGGAACUCAGUUAUAACAGUGAUGGGGAGGCACGACACCCCUUUUCUAUGGAAUAAGAAAAUCUUGAAUCAAAUCGAAAUUCGAAGAUAUGUGUUAUGAAAAUAGAGUUCGAUCCGUGGUAUCGUCCCUCGCAGCUGAAAUUGGGAAAAACUUCACAACUGUAUUCCCAUUUUCCCUCGCCUUUUUCUGUAGACUGAAAGAUGCUAUAAACUAGGGUAACAUAUCCGUAAACCGCGUAUUUGGUAAUUUAAUGGCAUGACAGAAGUACGAACCUAGGGUUACGCUGGAUUUACAAAGAAAACAGAUCGUACAGGUCCACCGACAUCGGGGUUUCCGUCAUAUUUGGCAUCCCGUAAUAACGACUUGAGAAGAUAACCAGUUUAGAUGUAUAGGCCUAUAUUGUGGACUUUAUGACUGCCUUACACUAGUACUAUUUUCAGGCGUCCAUUUCAUUUCUCGCCACUGUCAGAUGGUUCGCCGUAUGACGCCGCAGUUUUGGCUUUCCUGUUCUUGUCGGUGAGAGGAGCAUUUGCCCUCUCACCGAUAGAGGCGUAUAAUAAAGGCGAUUUCUCUUUGAGGGAGGAGGCGAGAUCUUGGCCACUGUUAUGCCACGUAGACAACUCUAGUGGCAAGAUAAACGUGAGUCUUAAAUCACACAUUCUUUCCCAUAGAGUUUCCCUUUUUAAGGUUCCGCUUGGUUGCUAUGCAGGACACACAACAGUGGAAAAACUGGGUAGAAAAUUGUUCCGAGUUGUAAGGACAUCACAAACAUGCUUCAACUGCCAAUGACUUACAAGUCAAAGGCAUGAAAAGAAUAUGCAUCCAAACAGGAUGUAAUGAUAAUUCGGUUCAGUUACUGCUCCAUCCAUUCAUUACAAGGCACGAGGUUUGAUUUAGUUGUUUGUCUGAGUGCAUAAUUAUCAAUAAUUCUUUUGCCACUUCUACUGUAAACAUGAAUUCGGGUGACAUGAGAGUAUUUAUAUCCCUAUCAAUAAUGUCAUAUGGAUGUCAUUUAUAGACUUUGGUUUAUCGUCUAAGUUUUCUAAAAAAACGAAAACUUCACAUUUUAUGAUAACAAAUUCUUGCAAGUUUUCAUUCUCAGAUGCUGUUCACUUUAAUUUCCAUUUAUCGCUAACGCUUAAGACAAUGCAAUCUUAUUCCGGUGUUUUUUCUUAUUUUAGAACAACAAACCACUGAAUGAUUUAACCAGCCUCUUCAAGAGGGUGGUAGUGAAAGCCGGGUUUGACCCGAGGCGGAUUACCCACCACUGUAACAGGUCGGUAAGUUCAUUUUCUUUACUAAAACGUGGAGUCAUAACUGCAUGCGGAACCAAUUUGAGGGAAAAUAGUUUUAGUGGAAGAGGAGCCUCUGGUAUGUUUUGAUGGAUGGACGAAAGACGUGCUCGCCGACGACUAUCUGGAAAAGGAAUCUUGCCUCUCAAAAACUGGUUAUGAUCUUCCUUCAUUCUUUUUAGCGAUUUGCCACUACCUUUAUAAUCAACCAGAUGGUUGAAAAUAAUGGCGUUUUUCCGAGAGAGGCCAUCUCCACCCUGUGUCGCCUCGCAGGGUGGAGCGAGAAGGGGGGCACUUGGGCCCUGUAUAUCAAGGAGGUUAUGGAGAGGCACUUAGACACAAGUGCCUACAUCUACAGGUAAAAGCAUGCAUAUGGGGUAUAAUUGAAUCGCUUAUACGUGCCAAUGCACGAUUUAUUGAAAUGGCUGGAUCUUGCGCGCUGAUUGGUAAAGGUGGUAGUGCAUUUUUUCCCCUUUCUUCUUUGUCUUGGUGAAAGUGAGAUCCCUGUUGCUGGUGGAAAGAGCCGCAAUGUGAAGGGACUGAGAAAAAAGUGCUCAGGUCAUCUAUCCUCUGGCACUUCAUCGAAGAUCUAAUCAAUCCAAUCAAUCACCACGUAACACGUAGCAGCUCCCACAAGCUCGUAAUCGAACAUGGAAUGUAACUGUAAUUUUCCUGUGGUACUAUUCAGAAGCGUAGAGGCUUUAGAGUGAUCACUAAACCUUUUCGACAGUUCCUAGCUCAGCCUUCGUAAACUUAUACUUUCAUCUCAUCAUUUUCAAGGUUAUUUAAAAUCCAAAGCCGGCAAACAUAAAUUACUGAGCAUACUGGUAAAUAGAGGGGUUAACGCAGAAUGAAAUAGAUAGAGAACAUAGAUUUGAAGAUAAAAUCAAACCCCAGUUUACAGACACUCGUCGUUAAUACUGACACUUUCUGUGGACCCGCAGUGUCCAUGAGAACGUGGUUUGAGUAUAGCCCCAAUUUGAUAAUACUGUAAGACUGGGGCUUAUGCCAUUUCUCCCCGGAAACGAAAAUAUUGCGUAAUUGAAUUUCCCUUGUUGUGCUAUUGUCAUCGCAGGGAUCUGAGAACCGACAAAACUGCGUACUUGAAGGCAAUAAAAACCAGUUAUAACUACCGCCUGGUUCAACCAGAAAAAAUCUUGGUUUCACGAGAGGACUGCAUGCAAUGCGACGAAACAUCAUUCCUCAGAUUUGAGGAUUCGUUUAGUGACGAGGUGUUAAAAACAACUAUAGGGGAGGCCAGUGAAGGUAAAUAAAUUAUUCCAAUUCUUAAAAGACAUGUUCGAGAAAUUGAGCGAUGAUGAGUCUUUCACAUCCUAAACUAGAAUAACAGUCUCUUUUCUCUUUACACAUACAGCUCUAAAACGCCUCAAGACCGGAACCAAUCACGAGGAAACUUUUAAUGGUAAACAUGAGGAUUACAUUAAAUGGCUUAAAAUUUUUAAGGGUAGUGCGGUCACCUUUGAGGUGCUUUCUCAGUUUCCUUUUUCCUUUUUCAGACCAGAUUCCUGAACUAUGACUUUUAUUUGUUUCCCAUGAAAGUACUUGGAGCCAUACGCAUAGUAAGCGCGGCAGAUACCUAUCGCCGGUCAUUUCAUGUAUUAAGCUUGUCUGAAUCUGAUUCAUACUGUUUAACUGAAAGCUCACACAGGUACAGUGCGUGCAAAAGCGAAAGCUAAAGGGAAGCGACUUUUAAACCACUUUUUGCAAAGUAUAAAGCUCACUGGUUACAAAACCGGACAAGAAAUUUGAAGACACACAUAGUGCACAGCUCAAAACAGUCUCUGUUAUGAAAAAUAAAAUUGCCUGAGCUGACUGUAAAUACAGGUCAGAUCGCACGCAGGACUGCGCGGGCCUCCCUUCCAAAGGGUAUGGACGUAAAACAGUCCAGCACCCAACUCAAUCGUCCCUCACAGGUGUCUGCAAGCAGAUGCAGCAACAGCUGUACGUAUCGUAGUGGUGCCAAGAAAGUGACCAUGAUAAAGAGACAGAAACAAGGGUACUAAUUGCUAAGUGAUGCCAGUGAAAGAGAAACAGUCCAUUUUGAAAAAGAAACAAGUCUUCGAAAUUGACGUACAGUUCAAAGUUCAAAGGUAAAACGAGUUUGCACUUUUUAAAUUCGUUUAUGAUUUUUUUUUUCAAUAAAAUAUCAUUUUAGGUAUUAACUGCUGAAGGCAAUUUUUUUUAUAAAGAAGUGAUUGCUUUUUGGCCCUCAGUUAACUAAACAUCACAUAAUACAAAUUACAGGUACGUCAAUAUUUGACACGCUUUUUUUAAUCAUUUUAAUAAGUCCACAUGUCCUAAUUAUGUAGCAGAUAAAAGUUGUUUUCAAUGUGUUGCAUAAGCCAUUUUUGAGGUCAUUUCUUAAAACUCAUUAGAAAUUUGUACAAGCAGGCUAACUUUAUUAUUCUACUAAGGCUUCUGGGGAGAGAUUUUUUCCCUUGAAUCUUAUCUAAUACUUAAAGGACAACAAUUAUUACUCCUUGCCAGGAGCAAGUGAUUUGUUGCUCGGUUCAUUUUCCGUAGUGGAAUAUUGUCAGCCUCCUGAAAGAGUACAUAAGAUGAGAUGUCUGUCCCCUCACUUCCCACCAAACAUGUCAGAAUAUAAAGACCCGUUAACAACGCAACAUCAUGACGAAGAAUAGUAAGAAUCACGAUGAAUCCCCAGACAAACAUUAUGCAUUCUUUAAGACCUCUGAAAGUUCCGGAACUAAAAAACAGAACCCACGCCAAAAGCCCUCUGAGAACAAGUAAUUUCUUUCAACAUCUCUCAAAUACGUUUGGAACGAUUCUGUCCGUUGGACAAAAACGUCAGCUAAAAGCUCUCACAGGUACGGUACGUGCAAAAGCAAACGCUAAAGAGAAGCGACUUUUAAACCACUUUUCGCAACGUACAAAGUUCACUCGUUAAAAAACUCGACAAGACGUUUGAAGACACACAUAGUGCACAGCUCAAAACAAUUUAUGUUAUGAAAAAAAAAAUGGCCUGAGCUGAUUUUAAAUACAGGUCAGAUCGCGUGCGGGACUGUGCGGGCCUCCCUUCCAAAGAGUAUGGACAGAAAACAGUCCAUCACCCAACUCAAUCGCCCCUCACAGGUUUCUGAAAGCAGAUGCUGCAACAGCUGUACGUAUCGUAGUGGUGCCAAGAAAGUGACCAUGAUAAAGAGACAGAAACAAGGGUACUAAUUGCUAAGUGAUGCCAGUGAAAGAGAAACAGUCCAUUUUGAAAAAGAAACAAGUCUUCGAAAUUGACGUACAGUUCAAAGUUCAAAGGUAAAACGAGUUUGCACAUUUUAAAUUUGUUUAUGAUUUUUUUUUCAAUAAAAUAUCAUUUUAGGUAUUAACUGCUGAAGGCAAUUUUUUUUAUAAAGAAGUGAUUGCUUUUUGGCCCUCAGUUAACUAA